UGUCACCGCGUGCACUCCGCUCAACGCCGCUCGCCCCGCGCAUUCAGUUAGCUCGCUUUCGAGAUCUCAAGACUUUUGCAUCCUCAACUCCCUCCCUAUUCAUAUAACAAAAGGCGGGACUGGCUGUCAACCCCUUCUCACCUCCCAACCUCUGCUCUGUGGUAACUUCCUGCCGCGUCUCCCCGCCCUCGCCAUGUCCGCGAGCGGCCCAGUGCCGUACCCGGCACUCACUCUCGGCCGCGUCGGCUUCGCUGGCGCGGCCGCACUCGCGAGCACGCUAUAUCACGUUCCGCCUGUGCACCGAUUCCUCUCGCCGUUGUUCAACGACACCUUCCCGCUGUGGAAGGUGCCCUCGGACGAGGACCGCAAGGUGGCGGUGCAACGCGCCCGCAAGUGGAUGCCACACCCGAUCGUCUACGCGCUCAUGGUCGGACUCAACGCCAUCGGCCUCGUUCUCUGGGCCGUCCUAUUUGGCGACCGCCUCGCCCGUGCUGCCAAUAUGCACACGGUCGAGUGGCGCGCCGUCCUCCUCACCGGCAUCACAGCCUUGAUCUGGGCCGGCCUGCUUAUGCGCUCGCUCGUGCGCCCGCCCGUCGUGCCGCCUUGGUCUGCGCUCGUCAUCUACUUCGUCUUCUUCGCGUCCGCUGCCCUUGCGUUCUUGGACAUCUUAUACGUCCGUUACGUCUACGGCACCAGGCCCGAGUGGGCCACACCCUCCGAGAUUGUCCUCGAGGCCACUACUGGCGCCAUUUCGCUCCUCCUCGCUCUCGUCGCUGGGAGCCUACGCUUCAACUCGCCCAUGACGCUCGCCAUGGCGGACGGCGUCGGCCUCGACGACCAGGUCACGUUCUGGCAGUGGAUGACCUUUUCAUGGAUGACUCCCCUCAUCAUGAAGUGGUCCGCGACGCCGUUGAACGAGGAGGACCUCCCCCAACUCUCAGCAACUCUGCGCACGAGGGAACUCUUUGAUUUCUUCCAAACUGUACGAAAGAGCAAGCUUUUGUUCAGAAUCCUCUCUGCCAACCGUUUCGACGUCAUGAUGGAUGGCGCGUUCACCCUCAGCUCAGUCAUUUUCAACUACCUCUCGCCAUUCUUACUCAAGAAGAUUCUUGAUGGCCUCACGCACCCGACGUCCACGAGCAUUACGCAGGCGUACCUCUUCGCCUUUGCCGCACUGCUCACGAGCAUCCUCAAGGCCGUGUCCGACAUGAUCCACCUGUGGCACAGCCGUCGAGCCAACGUUCGCAUCAGGUCGCAGCUUAUCUCCGCCAUCUACCACAAGGCACUCCUCCGCAAGGAUACCGCCGGCAUCGUGGCGUCCAAGGACAAGGAGGAGACGGCGGACAAGAAGGAUGGCAAGAAAGCCGAUCCGAAGGCCAAGUCAGACAAGAAGGACAAGAAAGCCGACGAGAAGUCGGAGACUGCGGACACGGGCAAGGUUGUCAACCUUAUGUCGACCGACGCCAACAUGGUUGCUGGAGUCUUUGCGAUGGCCUAUUACCUGUACUCGACUCCCAUCGAGAUCACUGUCGCCUCCAUCUUCCUGUACCAGCUUCUCGGCUGGUCCGCCUUCGCCGGCAUCGGUGUCCUCCUCAUUGCGACGCCCAUCAAUUCAUACCUCUCCAAAAAGGCCAUGCGCAUUCAGAAAGACCUCCUCAAGGCGAGAGACAAGCGUAUGACCGUAAUGAACGAACUGAUCGGCGGCAUCAGCUUCAUCAAGUUCUUUGCGUGGACUGAGAAGUGGAAGGGACGGGCCCAGGAUGCCCGGAACAACGAACUUUCGCAGAUGAUUCGUUCCAUCAUCAACAAUAUGUUUUUCCAGCUCACAUGGAUGCUCGUGCCCAUCUUUGUCACCCUCAGCGCCUUCUUCUGCUACAUCUACUUCGCCAAGAAGGAUCUCACCAUCUCGGUCGCGUUCACUGCUCUUACUCUUUUCAACAUGCUCCGCACCCCACUGAAUGCCGUGCCAAUGUUCAUUGUCUGGUUCUUGCAGGCUGGCGUCUCUGUCAAGCGCACGCAGGACUUCUUCGAGGAGGGCGAGGUGCCCGACUGGGUGUCUUCGCUCAAGCGCCACGAUGACGGCCCCUCAAAGAAGCCCAAAAUCGGCUUUAAUAAUGCGACAUUCAAGUGGAACGCUGGCGGGAAAGAUGAGGCCGAAACCAAGAAUGGCACAGCGGCUCCGUCAGCCACUGAGGUGACAGGUGCCGAUGCUGGAUCACCGCAAGACGACGAGAGCAUCGAGAGCGUCGUAUUUGAGCUGUCUGACAUCACGAUUGACUUCCCCAUUGGUAAGCUAUCUGUGGUUUCUGGCCCGACAGGCGCUGGCAAGACGGCCAUUCUCAUCGGCCUUCUUGGGGAGAUGGACCUGAUUGAGGGCGAGUCGUUCCUUCCCAAGCACCCCUCGCAGAUCGACCCAACCACUGGCCUGCGCAACUCGUGCGCGUACGCGGCCCAAACUCCUUGGCUCCAGCAGCAGUCGAUCAAGGAGAACAUCCUUUUCGGCGAGCCCCUCGACGAGGAGCGGUACCAGAACGUUGUGGACGCCUGUGCGCUCCGCACCGACUUCGACAUCCUGGAGGACGGUGAUCAGACAGAGAUCGGCGCCAAGGGAGUCUCGCUCAGUGGUGGACAGAAGGCUCGUGUCGCCCUCGCGCGUGCCGUUUACUCGUACACUCAGCACGUCCUGCUCGAUGACCCUCUCGCUGCCGUUGACUCGCACACCGCCAAGCACCUCGUCGACAAUUGUUUUAACGGCCCUCUUCUCAAGGGCCGCACAAUUAUCCUUGUGUCUCACCAUCUCGAUCUCCUCCUCCCCACCGCCGACUACAUUGUCCGCAUUCUGGACGGACGUGUCGACUGCCAGGGUACGCCCAAGGAGCUGCAGGACUCUGGAGAGCUUGACGGCGUCGUCGCUAUCGAGGACGCCACGGCUGCAACCAAGGAACCGGUGACCCCUGAUGAGCCCGAGGAGGAAGAGGAGAAGCUUCUCGCCAAACAGGACGCAAAGAAGGACGGACCAGCCCGCAAGCUUGUCAAGGACGAAGAGCGUGCCGUUGGCAGCGUCAAGCUGGGGACCUACCUGCUCUACUUCCGAGCCGCUACUUGGACAACCUGGAUGCUCUUCUUCGCUGUCUUGAUGGUGUCGCAGGCGUUCGGGCUUCUCGACAGGCUGUGGCUCAAGUGGUGGGGUGAGCAUUACGAGAGUAAGCUCUACUCGAUCUUCACCUUCAGCGUUCCUCAGUCGUACAGCCACGCCAUGGAGGUGUACCGUGAUGCGGCGCACCACGUGCUCCACACGGCCUCGCCGCGUGUCAACCAGACAGACAGCCCCUUGUUCACGGUACAAGCUAUCCCUCCGUUCAAUCUCCCGUCUGCCGACGACCACCCCGGCUACUAUCUCGGUGGUUACGCAAUUAUCAUGGUCGGCUCCGCGCUGUUGAUGGUCGUUACCAACGGCAUCGGCGCAUGGGGAUCAUACCGUGCUGCCAAGUCCCUGCACGACCGUCUUCUCGACUCCGUUGUGCACGGCACUAUCCGCUUUUUCAACACCACGCCCGUCGGUCGUAUUAUCAAUCGCUUCUCCAAGGACGUGGAGACGAUUGACAUGCGACUCAACUCGAGCUCGAGGACGGUCAUCACGUUCACUGCAUCGCUCGUAUUCACGAUUGGCAUGAUUGCGUACAUCAUCCCGCAGUUCCUUAUCCCCGCAGCCUUCAUCAGCGCAUUGUACUACUACUACACUGUGCUCUACCUUCGCACUGGCCGCAGCCUCCGUCGUUUGGAGGCGACGACUCGCUCGCCCAUUUUCUCCGGAUUUGCUGAGCUUCUUGACGGCAUCAUCUCGGUCCGCGCCUUCUCGGCCGAGCGCCGCAUGUUCUCCAAGCUGUGCGAGCAAGUCGACCUAUCGAACUCGGCGUUCUACUACUACUGGAUGACGAACCGUUGGCUCCUCCUCCGCUUCGACUGCCUCGGUGCGGCUGCUGUAUUCAUAACCACGCUUCUCUCGCUCACCGGCGCUGUUGGCGUCGGAUACGCUGCGGUUGCGAUCACCAGCGCCCAGAGCUUCGUCAUGGCCUGCUACUGGCUCUCGCGCUUCUGGGGCGAGAUGGAAAUGGACUUUAACUCGGUGGAGCGAGUCGAGGAGUACCUCAGAAUUCCUUCAGAGCCUGCAAGUGUGAUCGACGGCAGCCGACCGCCUUCUGGCUGGCCGUCGUACGAUAGGCCCGACACCUUCAUCAGCGCGCAGGACCUCGAGAUUAAGUAUGCGCCGGAACUGCCAACCGUAUUCAAGGGCUCGUUCGACAUCAAGGCGGGUGAGAAGAUUGGUCUCAUCGGGCGUACAGGCUCCGGCAAGUCCACGAUUGCCAUGAUGAUGCUGCGCUUCACCGAUCCGGCGUCGGGUAAGCUGCUGAUCGACGGCGUGGACAUCACCACCAUUGGAGUUGAUGAUCUGCGCUCCAAGAUCACAUAUAUUCCUCAAGACGCCGUGUUGUUCUCUGGUACGAUGCGCGACAAUCUCGACCCCUUCCACGAGCACACCGACUCGGAGCUUCUCGAGGCUCUGCAGCGCGUCAAGCUUAUCACGGGGCAGACGCCCGCCGGCAGCCGCAUGGGUUCAACCCGCAACCUCACUGCCCUGGCCGAGAUUGACGCGCCGUCACACAACCGUCUCACUCAGUUGAUAGAGGAGGAGCGUGCGGCUGGUGGCGGUGGCAGGUCGGGCAGCUCGUCUGGCCGCGCAUCUGGCACUCAAACGCCUACAUCCCGUGUCCAUAUCACACUCAACACGGAUGUCUCGGCUGGUGGCGCCAACUUCUCGCAAGGACAAAGGCAGCUCGUCGCCAUGGCGCGCGCACUCCUCCGUCGCUCCAACUUGAUCAUCAUGGACGAGGCUACUGCGUCGGUUGACUUUGCGACUGAUGAGGCACUGCAGAAUGCCAUUCGCACGGAGUUCAAGGACUCAACGCUCAUCACUAUUGCCCACCGCCUGUCGUCUGUCAUCGACUACGACCGCUUGCUGGUGUUGCGUGAUGGCUCUGUGGCGGAGUUCGACACGCCUAUGAACCUCCUGCGUCGCGACGACAGUAUUUUCAAGUCAAUGGCCCAGAACUCGGGCAAGUAUAAAGAUCUGUACGCCGCCGCGGAGCGCAAGGAGAAGGGCGACAAGGGGAAAGCUGUAGACAAUGAUGCCGAGGACAACGACUCGAGCUCGCCAGCCGAUGCUGACGUGACGGCGGACGCGUAGAGGGCGUACGCCGCAGUGAAUGGACUAGGACUACCGUAGGACAUCAUUCAAUGUAUCUUUGCAGCACCGAA